AUGGGACGAGCGGCUGCCCGGCGUCCCACCAAAAGGCACAGCGGCGGCGGCGGCGGGGCCGGCGGCGGCGACGAGCGCCCGCCGCUGCAGCGCUCACAGACGAUAGGCCUGGAGCGCCGCAGCUGGGAGCACUCCGUCCCCACGCGCGGGGUGAUGUCGCGGCAGGCCAGCCUGCCGCGGGACUGGCGCCUGGAGGACACGCACUUUGAGGUGGGGUCCCCUCUGUCCCUGGGGUCGAGCCCCAGGUCUCAGCCUGCGACACCUUCGUCGACGCCGGUCCAGGGCGGCGCCUUUGCGGCGCGGCUGGACGUCUACAGGGCGGCGGCCAAGCGGGACGCGCGCAGCAAGUACAGCUGGUGGGACAAGAUGGCGUCUUCCAUGCUGAAUGAGAAGCCCGACGAGGCGGUGGACACCGGCAAGGGCUACGCGCCGCAGUAUGACGUCACCGGCCAGGUGGGCGAGACUCUCGGGGAAGGAGAGGGCGCGGCACCGGCGGCCACAGUGGAGGUGGUCGAGGGCAAGGACGACGCUGCACGGGCGCGCGGCGAACGGGACGACCCUCUCUCCAACUGCAGCACAGCUAGCGCCCUCGGCGGCCGCGCGGGCCUGGGCAGCAGCAUGACGGACGGCUCUGGCGUCUCUGUCUGCGGCGUCGUCUGCUCCGCGGGGAUACAGCAAGCAGGGACCUGCAACAGGGCGGGGGGCGACCGCGGCGAGUUCGGGUUGGAGGCAGGGGGGGCAAGGGGCGAGGCGGUGAAGCUCGAGCACGUCCUGCCUGCGCUGGUGGCGCUGCGGGGCCGUGCCGACUCAAGCAACCCGAAGCCCUGCGAGCUCAGCGAUGGUGGGGCGGGCCAGGGCGGCGCGACACGCGCCGUUUACCACGAGCUGGUGGAGGAGGAUAUCCUGGUGACCCGCAGCGCCGCGGGCCACGCGGUGCGCAACCCCUUCGAGACGCGGCGCGAGCUGUUCGCGGCGGACUGGUACCUAGAUGAUGGAAGCGGCCAGCGCGUCCGCGUUGAGGGCAGCCGCGGCGCGCGCUGGCAGGACGACGCGCUGGAGACGCGCCAGGACUACAGGGAGAAGCCAGAGGGCGCCGGGCUGCAGUCGCUGGCGCAGUUCUUCACGGGCCACCGGACGCAGGGCUACAAGCGGAAGGAAGCGUUUGUCCCCGUUGGCGCCAUCCUAACCGUAGUAGGCGAGCUCGCCCGCAACGCGCUCCCCGGCACCGGCGGCGGCGCCCGCUGGGUCGUGCGCCCCCCGCCGCGCCGCCCCUACUACAUCACUGGCCAGUCGCUGCAGCAGCUGCGCGGCGGCUUCCUGGGGGCGGCGGGGACGUACAGGAAGCUCGCGAUCGCGUUCGGGGGCCUGGGGGUGUACCUGAUAGUCCGCAAGGCGCUGCGGCGCUGGCUGCGCGCGCGGCGGGAGCUGCGCGCGCGGCGCAUGCUGCAGGACGCCGUCCGCGCGCGCGAGGCGCGGCGGCGGCUCGCCGCGGCGGGCGGCGGCGGCGGCGGGGAGGAGGCGGCGGAGGAGCGGGACGCGGACACAUGUGUCGUGUGCAUCGAGGAGCAGGCGUGCAUGGCGUUCGUGGCGUGCGGGCACCUGUGCGCGUGCGCCAAGUGCAGCAAGCAGCUGAAGCGGUGCCCGGUCUGCCGGACUGCGUCGGACUGCAUCCGGGUGUACAGGAUGUGA